GUACGUAUAUAAGGUGCCCCUGGGAUCAAAUACUUCAGUAUUGCUGCCACUGCGCGAGCGCAUUUGAUACAUACUCGAAUAUUACAGACUCUAAAAUGUUGUGGAGACUUAUCUGCGUCGCUACGCUAGCUGUAGGUGUAUUUGGUCGCACCACGUUCACUGACUACGACCCCUAUGAAGAGUACAGUACACUACUCGCCACAGAAUAUUGUAAGGCCAGUCAUGCUGAGCAGCAUAUUCCAGAAGUUAAGUCGACCAUAACAAAGUUCGGGCUCUGCUUGAUCGGCCUGGUUGAUACUGAGACAGUUGGCGCAGAGUUCGAGGCGGCCAAGACGAGUGGAUCUUAUGACACCAUCAUCAAGAAGUACUGUGCUAAAGCGCCGCAGCUGAAGGAAUGUACUCACGCCCUGGUGGAGGGCAUGACGCCGUGCUUGCCGGCCGAGACUCCCGCCACGGCGAUGAGGAGCUCCAUCGCCAUGAUUGACUUCAUUUGCGAGAACGAUGGCGCGAGGGUUACCACGUUCGUUAAAGAAGGAGGUGCUCAGUGUGUUAAAGAGAAACAACUCGGCAUGGCAUUCUGCCAGGAAGCCAUGAAGACCAACGUCACUAAACUUACGGAAAUAUAUGGAGGUGGAGUCGCUGGCUCUCUGGCGAUCUCUGACAAGGAAAAGUGUACAGUCACGGACCAGGGUCUGACAUGCCUGGUGGACGUGUUGAAGGGCUGCUCAAACCCCGUUCCCGGACGACUGGGUCAGGAGUUCCAUGAUGUCUACUUAGAGAGCAUGUCUUGCUCCAAGAUAGCCCAAGAACAUGAAGUAGUGAAAGUAGAUACAGUUCAGACAGCUUCGGCCCCAGUUUUGAGUGACACCCUGGAACAACUGCAGAAAAAGAAGCUGGAACUAGAAGUACGGAUCGCUGAACUAGAGAUGUGGAACAUGGAGAACAAACUGAACGUGCAGCAUACUGUACUCACUUCGGACAUAAAAAAGAAUUAAACCCUUAAGUAGUUUAAA